AUGAACGUCUCUAACAAUGACCUCCUCAUCAGCUUUGAUGUUGAGUCAUUGUUCACAAGUGUACCAGUUAAGGAUGCUUGCGCCAUCAUCCUUGAGAGAUUGAAAUUUGACAGAAAUCUCCCUGACAGGACACAGUUGUCUCCUCUAGAGAUCCAUGACCUGCUUGAGAUGUGCCUCAAUUCCACCUCUUUCAGAUGGAGAGACACAUUCUACAGGCAAACGGAAGGGGCUGCCAUGGGGUCUCUCCUGUCCCCAGUGGUAGCCAACAUGUUCAUGGAACAUUUCGAGGAGACGGCUCUCCAGUCAGCAACCCACAAACCCAAAGUGUGGCUUAGAUAUGUGGACGACACUUUUGUGGUUUGGCAACACGGUGCUGAGGAAACUAGCAAUUUCUUACAGCACCUCAACUCUCAACACGAGUGUAUCAAGUUCACCAUGGAAAUGGAGAAUGAGGGGUCUAUCCCCUUUCUUGAUACAAAGAUUACGAGGACGGCACAGGGAUCCCUAUCCCAUCAGGUUUAUCGGAAACCUACUCACACUGAUCGUUACUUGAACUAUCGUUCAUUCCACCACCCAUCAGUGCUGAGAUCCAUCAACAAGACGUUAGUCAAACGAGCGCAUGAGGUUAGUGACCAGAUCCACCUGAGAGGUGAGCUUGAGCAUAUCAAACUUGUUUUGAAAUGUAACAACUACCCCUCACAUAAGAUCUGCACUGAGCUUCCCCCCUCGCGGAACCCUCGUGCAGGACAACCCAAGGCGAGAGUCGUUCUUCCAUAUCUGGGAGCAGCCUCUCACAAAAUUCAGAGGAUUUUGAGAGAAGCCGACAUUGAGGUUCGUCAUAGUUCCUCAAAUAAGCUUCAAUCUGCCCUCACUACACAUAAGGACAAGCGCAACUCCAAGGACCUCCCUCGAGUUUACCGAAUUCCUUGUGAAUGCGGUAAAGUUUACAUCGGAGAGACGGGUCGUUCCUUCAACACUCGGAUUAAGGAACACAAGGCCCAUGGUAGGAGAGACGAGAGGGAAAAAUCUGCAAUCAUCGAUCAUGCCCAUACGCAUGAUCACCGGAUUCUUUGGGAUGAGAGUAGACUGGUCACCCGUGUCCCCUACUGGUAUCAACGGAGAGUCAGAGAAGCGUUGGAGAUUGAGGAACAUAACACUGUUCCUCAAGACAGCGGCCUCCAACUCAGCAAUAUCUGGCUUACCGUUCUAGACAAAGAGGCUAAUUUGCCUAAUUAG